AUGCAGUAUAUCGACCGCGUCUUGAACUCCCUAGACAUACAAGAAAACUAUUCUACGUACGGAGAGCAUUCUCUCAACGCCAAAAACCUGCACACAUAUUUGUCUAAACUGCUUUACCAGCGACGAUCCAAGUUUGACCCCCUCUGGAACCAUAUCCUUGUUGCCGGACUCGACGAUGAGGGCAAGCCAUUCCUCAGUUCCGCAGACUUGCUAGGAACAACUUACUCCGCACCAGCCCUUGCUACAGGGUUCGGAGCCCACUUGGCUGUGCCUAUUCUCCGCCGAUUGUUCCCAGAGGAAAAUGGGAUAGACAACAUCACGAAGGAACAGGCUGUUGAUGCUAUGAAGCAAUGCAUGAGGGUUCUUUUCUACAGAGAUGCUAGAAGUUCAGACAGAUAUUCUAUUGCAGUUGUUACCAAGGAAGGCGUGGAGCUUAAGGAGAACGAAGCUCUGGAGAACCAGAGCUGGGCUUUUGCUGACAGGAUCAGAGGCUAUGGCACCCAAGUCAACUAA